CAAUAAUUAACCAUUUAAACGAUAACCAUAUGUGAAGGUAGUUAUUUGGGUGAUGAAAGCAGUUUUGGGGUCUGAAAUCGGGAAACAUAAGAGGCAGAGUACGGCAAUCUGGCAACGUUGGGACUCUGCCGGUGUCCUGCCGUCAGAAAAAGAAGACCUGUUAUAAAAUGUCUUGUGCCGCCGCCCAUAACAACAGCAAUGGCAACGGAAACUCCCUCAAACUCUACUACCACCCCAUGUCCUUCUACUCGCAGAGGGUCCUCAUGGCACUCUAUGAGAAGCGGGUGCCAUUCAAGAGCCAAGUGGUGUCCAUCUUAGCCAAGGAGCAGUACGAGCCGUGGUUCCUGAGGCUCAACCCGCGUGGUGAGGUGCCGGUGCUCACAGAUGGCGUCAAGGUUAUUCCCGACUCUGUGAGGAUUGUUGAGUACCUGGAGGACAACUUUUCAAAUGGUCAGUUCGGACAGCUGACACCCAAGGAGAAGGGCAGCGAGGAGAGCAAAAAGAUCCAGGCCUUCAGGGAGUGUCUAGAGGCCCUUCCUGUACCUGCGCUAACCUAUGGGACGGCUCUCAACCCGCACCUCUGGGAUAACCCUAAACGCCCCCUCGGCCCAUCCUUCUUCAAGAAAAUGGGAGAAAUGGCCAGAAAUCGACACAUCAUUAUAAGACAAAAGGCGGAAAGGAACCCUGAGGAAUUCCGGGAAGCGCUGUUACAGAAGGCGGAGGAGGCGGAGCACGGCGACCUGAACCUCAACAAGACGGCGGAGGAGAUGGAGGAGGUGCUGGGGAAGGUGGACGCAGCGCUGGGGAGGGUGGAGGAGGAGCUGGCCACACACACGGAAGAGCGUGCCGGCUGGUGGCUGUGUGGGGAGCUCUGUAGCAUUGCGGACAUCGACCUCGCCAUCCUGCUCAACCGCCUCAACCUGCUGGGCUAUGAGCGGAGGUUCUGGGCGGAAGGGAAGCGGCCGCACAUACAGGCGUACUGGGAGAGGAUACAGCAGAGGGGCUCCUUCAAGAGAGCGACGUUCUUCUCCCUCCGAGCCUUCCAGUUGGCCAGACUUCACGAGGCCUUCAAGGAGCACCGGGGAGUGUUGGCCUCAGUGACGGUGGCGCUGGGCUUGGCGGCGUUCUCCUACGCUGUGUACCGACGAAUCAAGUCAUAGGAAGACCUCUCUGUGCUGCCCUGUUCCUGUAGGUAGUGAUCGUGCUCACUCAUGGGUUUGUAGAGAAGGAGGAGAAGGAGGUAGAGGAGGAGGAGAAGGAGGAGGAGGUGUGUAUAGGAGAUUUGAACCACUUUGAGAAGGUUCAUGUCACUUGUUCUUGUGUGGUGGAAGCAUGUCACUCUCUUCCUUCCUUAAAUCCUUAUAUGCAAUUAUUUUAACGACAUGCAGCCUCGUUCAUCUGUGAAUAUGCAUUUCCUCACAGCCACUGCAAAAAAUGGAGUAAGCAAGUAAAAUAAACAAGCUUUAUUUUUUUAUAUAUAAGAAAGUAUGUACUCCUGGUUUGCCUGUAUGGUUUGGUAUGCAAAUUUUACACCGAAAACCCCCCCGGCUCCCACCACACAACAACGAGCGGCAUCCUGUCCCUGAUCUUGUACAGUGCAUCGUCAUAUCAGUCUGUGUCUGGCGACCGUAGUGUUGGGUUACGUCGGGGCAUCAGGGAGUGUUUUUUCUGGUCUAGGCGGCGAGCCGGCUUGGCGGAAAUUCUAUUAUCAAAGUUGCUGCUUUUGAUUCUUCCAUGCUGAACGUAAUAAGGCAAAUUAGGUAUAAGGUGAAGCUUGUUUUAAAAUACGCUGAUGCUCCUUGACGUGAAAUUUGGUUAUGUUCUGGUAAAUCGAUUGUAAAUUGAAGAAAACGGUGUAAAUCAUUAGGGUAACAGGACACCUCUCCUCCCGAAAUUGACCCCUCUUUCGGCCACCUCAUUGGAUUCUUUUUAGGAGCAGUGAGUAGCGGACUUUUUUUUAUUAUCGUUUCCUUUUUUGUGCCCUUGAGCUGUCUCCUUUGUUGUAAAAAAAAAAAAAAAAAGGGUCUGAAGUUGAAAAUGCUGUAAGUUGACUCCACACCCAUUGAAGAUCAUAGUCUAUUGUAACUUACUUAGAUGACUUUGGAACACAUAUCUGAGUCUACAGUUGCGCCAAAUCAUUUAACACAAAGCCUGUUUUGCAAAUUAUUGAAAAACGGCAAAAUUUGAUGUAUGGAAUCCACCAAGUACGUCUCGCUAUCGCACGAUUGGGAACCUGAGAUGCCAUUGUAAGUUGAGGAGCAUUUGUGAUUUGAGGAGAAAUGUAAAUGAUGCAAGAAUAUAUACCAGAAGUUGGAGUGGAGAACAUACUCUGACUUUGUGAGAGGCUGACAGAAAAGAUAGACAUAAGUUUGUUCCGGAAACUAUACAUGAGAAGGAACCUACACUGAUUUUGUGAGACUGACUGAAACAAACAACAUAGAUAUAAGUUUAUGUGUCAGAAGCUGUACAUGAGAAAGUAUUCUGGUUAUGUGAGAGGCCAACAGAAGUGGUGGACCUGAGUUUAUGCUUCAGAGGAACAGUACAAGAGAAGAUAUGCCUUGUUUUGUGGCAGACUGAAAGAAUGUUUGGAUAAUGCUCAGGAAGGUAUGUCCAACAGAAAUGGUAGACCUGAGUUUAUGCUUCAGAGGAACAGUACAAGAGAAGAUAUGCCUUGUUUCAUGGCAGACUGAAAGAAUGUGUGAAAGCCAAGCAAACACAAUGUACUGAUAUUACUUUAAGGAGAAAAAGAGUUUGAGAAGUAGAUGAUGAGCCAUGGAAUAGAUUAUAAACUAUUAAAUUGAAUGGAUGUACAGAAAACAGCUGAGAAAGUAAAAUAUGGUUCCUCUUUACAAUACUAGAAGCUUCGUUAUGGUUUGGAUAAUGCUCAGGAAGGUAUUGUCAUGUAUAGAAGACAGACAAGAGAGUAAAAUAUGGCGUGUCAGUAUGCCAUUAAAAAAUCAGGAAGGUAUUGCCAUUAUGUUAACCCAGUAGCAGUGACGGGCCAAAUUUGUUGCUUUACCGUGUAGCAGCGACGGGCCAAAUUUGUGCCAUUAUAUAAACCCCCCAAAAUAGAUGAUACAUAAACUGAUCACAAAUGCUUUGAUAUAAAUUAGGAAAUGGUUUGUGUGAGUGAUGAUUUUUUCUCAUUUUUCUCUCUUAGAGGGACCAUUAAGAAAAAUGAUCCCCGCUGCUACCAGGUUAAGAAGACUGACCAGAAAGCAAAAUAUUCUUCUUCGAUACAUCACUCAGAGUUACGUUAAGAUUUGAAGAAUGCUCCGAGGGUAUUGUCAUAUGUACAGAAGACAGACCAGGGAGUAAAAGAUGUCAUUGUGUAAAGAAAACAGCUAAGAGAGUACUAUAUGGUUCUUGGACACAUCUCUGAAAGCUCUGUUAAAGUUUGGAGACUGCUCAGGCAGGUCAUAGCUUCUCCAGUGAAUAAGCAGACUCCUAGAUAGGUGUUCAGGGAGGCGAGAUAACUGCUCUGGAUGGCAAGUAUGAUGUGUACUACCUCACUGUAAAUGUCGGAUCAUGUGUGUGUGCGUGACAAGUUUUAGCAGAGUCUGUUAAGAGUUUCGGUAGAUAAGCCUCCGUAGAUGGACUGUCAUUGCUGCAUGGUAGAAUGUGAAGGUUAGUCUCCAGUCCCCAGUACCACAAGACAGGAAAAUGGUGUGUUGUGGUCAUUUUCAGAGCUGUCGACACGUUAGGCGGACACUGUUCUGUAUAGGGUGUGUAUGCCAAUUUGUACUCACCUCUCCAGUCGAUCAGUGUUAAAAAUCCCUUUGAGCUUAGAAGGUUUUGCAGUGAUGAGUGUUCCUGUAAUCAUGUUUGCAUUGCCCAGAAGAGAUCUAGACCUAAGUGUGGCUUUGGGAUUUACCAUUGAGGAUAUUUGUCACUUGUCAGAGGGGCAGGUCAGUGUUGAAAAGGCCUUUGAGCUUGGGAGAUUUCUCGGCAAUAAGUGUUCUCGUAAUUCUCUGUAUGUGGUCAUGUUUACAUCUGGUGGCAGAGUUCUAGACCUAAGUAUGGCUCAGGAUUCACCGCUGAGGAUAUUUGUCACUUGUCAGAGGUGCAGGUCAAUGUUGAAAGACCUCUGAGCCAAUAAGGUUUUGUGGGGAUGCUGUAUGUGGUCGUUUUUGCAUCGUCCGGAAAAGUUUUAGACCUAAGUACGGCUCAGGAUUUACCGCUGGAAAUAUUUGUCGCUUGUUGAAGGUGCAGGUCAGUGUUGAAAAGGCCUUUGUGCUUAGAAGGUUUGAUGACAAUAAGUGUUCUCGUAAUCACGUUUGCAUCGCCUGGAAGAGUUAUAGAAUAAGUAUGGUUCAGGAUUUACCACUGAAGAUAUUUGUCACUUGUCGGAGGUGCAGAGUGGCGUUGAAAAAGGCGUUAGAGCUAAUAAGGUUUCACAGCAAGGAGUGUUUUCGUAAUAACGUGUAAAUCAUAACGCAAGGCAGGGCGACCAGCUGUUCUGUUCACAUCAAGUUGUGUAUCGUGCCUCAUCAAAGGUUAUCCACAAGGAAGUACUAGUUGAGUAUACACAGAUAUAUAUAUUUUGUAUGUGAAACUUCCAUUUUUAUAGAUCGCUUCUCUGGUUGUAUAUCACACCUUGCCAAGAAACAUCUCGGUCUGCCGCACCACAGGGUCAUUGUCUGUUGGGGUUCCUGUCUUCUGUAUAUGUGUUGUUGUUGUCAGAUGAGGGAUUUGUCUUGAUCAUGACAGCUGAGUAAUUUUUGUUUUUAUACUGAUAGCUGAGAAAUUGUCUUUAUCUGGUCAAUUGAGUCACAAAAAUUUAAUAAUUCGUCUUAAAGUAAACCUGCAUUGAUAAGAGACAGAUAACCAGAGUAAUAAAUUGACAACCUAGGAACUAUCACUCAUUCAUUUAUUUAUCAUUUCACGGUAAGAGAGGCAAACCAAGGACUAAAUAAGAUACGUAAAAACAUAUACGUAUAUAAAAAACACAUAUAAGGAGUUACGUUUGAAACGCCAGGAUUUACUCUCUACCAUGCUCCAACAUGACCACCGUGUGUAACGAAACACACAAGAAAUUAAUCCAGACAAGGAAAGGUUUUGCCGGCACCGGGGAUCGAACCGGUGACCAGCGAGACGGGAGAGCCACUCCUUAACCAGUCGGCCAAAGAGGUACCCCCCUCACAGAAGGAGUCAUGGGAGGCUCGCCCAUCAGGCUAGUCGCUGUACUACAUGUAUAUAAAAAGGCUACCAUGUGCCGUCCUAUUAUAGUAAUACAAAAGAGAUUGUUCAAAAGUUUAGGUUAUAAGUAUUUUCUGACCCUGUGGUGUGGCCGAAACUCGGAUUGUAAAGUACCCAUUAACCCUUCCCAUCCGUGACGCAGACAUCGGCGUCACAGUAUGGAAAGGGUCUUCCAUUUCCUCUUAAGAGGUUUAGAAGAGGAUUAAGAGGAAAUGGAAGAGGAUUAAUAGGUUAAGAAGAGGACUAACCCUUUCCAUACGGUGAUGCCCGUCGGACGCUGACGUUGGCGGUGCCGGACGGAGUGAAGGGGUUAAGACAAGGUUAAAAUUAUUCCAGGUUAAAAUCUAUCCCAUGUUGAAAUCUAUCCCUGGUUAAAAUCUAUCCCAGGUUAAAAUCUAUCCCAGAGAUCUAUCUCAUUUAAAAUCUAUCCCAGGUUGAAAUCUCUCCCAUGUUAAAAUCUAUCCCAGGUUAAAAAUCUAUCCCAGGUUAAAAUGUCUCCCAUGUUAAAAUCUAUCCCAUGUUAAAAUAUCUCCCCGUCUAAUUGUUACAUCGAUAAGUGUUACGUCUUAGCCACUUAGCGACUGUCUGGCUUCAGGUGUUCAGAAUCUUUAUGGGGUUGAUCCGAAUUACGAUACACACACACAUACAGUCGUCCCUCAAAUAGUACGGUUUCCAAUAGUUCGGUUUUGGUUUUAUGUGGAUUUUCUAAGAAGAUUUUUAAGGAUUUUUAAAUAUCUCAUUGAGCAGGAAAUUUACAAAUCCUAAAAGAUCCUCCAUGACAAUCUGUAUAAAACCGAAACCGAACUCUUGGAAACCGUACUAUUUGAGGGAUGACAGCAUAUAUAUUUUUGGGGUCCUAUCUAUGUAGUAAUGGCAAAACAGUUUAUGAUAGACUGAUGUGGCGGGGAGAGAGGAUUGGGCUUGAUGCUGUUCCUCUCUCUCUCGCCUUUCGUGUUUUGUGUUUUCGUCUGUUGUUUUUGUCACUGUCCUUUGUCUUGUUUUCUUUGUCACUUUUGUUUUUCCUUGUGUCUUCUAUUCAUUGUCUGUCUCUGUCUAUCAUUUUUGUUCGCUCUCUUUCCCUGUUUCCUUAUUUUCGUAUGUCUUUUUUUUGUGUGUCCUUUUUGUCUGUUUUCCGCCCCCUUGUCGUCUUUUGUGUUUGUUUCCUUUGUUUUUGUUUCUGCUUUUGCGUUCGUUCUCUCUUUCUUAUCUUUGUUAUUUUUGUCUGUCCUCUGUCUCAUCUCAUUAGUGUUUGUCUGUCCUUGUGUCCUUUAUCCCUUGUCUUUUUGUCUUUCCCUUGUCUCUGUGGCUUUGAUGUGUGUGUGUGAGUGUGUGUGUGUGUGUGAAUGAGCAUGGGGAAGGAUUUUAUAGUGACAUUCCUCCCUUCCUUCUUGUCUUCUUUGCAUCUCUUUCUUGUUGUCGUAUUAACUCAUCUCCGUGUGUCUUUGUACGUAUGUGUGUAAGGUGUGUAUAUGUGUGUGUGUGUGUGUGUGUGUGUGUGUGUAUGAAUCUUUAUUUACUAACAUGGGGGAGAGGUGUUUGUUUCUGUGUAUGGAUAUGGGACUUGAGUGCAGGUUAGUAGGUGUGCAUGAGUGAGAGUGCAUGUGUAUGUGUGUGUGUGUGUGUGUGAAUAUCUAACCUGCAAAUACGUUCUUCAUUUUCACUCAGGUAACGAAAAGGGUCCGUUCAGUGCAGGGUCCAAGCCACCUGUCAUCUGUAUGUAUAUCUCGAGGUGUCUUGGGCCCAGCUGAGGAGGCACCCUUACGUAGGCUCUUUCAUCCCUAUCGUAACCCUUGGAAAUAUUCUGUCUGUUUGUCGGGAGGCUGUUGAGUGUAAUAAUAUUUGUAGAGAGAGAGCGAACAAGGGAGAGAGAGACAGCCUCCUCUUUUCUAAUAAUUCUGUGUACAUGUGUGUGUGUGUGUGUCGUGGAGAUUUUCAUGGAGUGGCCCAGAAAUCACACACACACACAUACACACAGACACAAACACUCACAUACACACAACCCCCUACUCAAACACCUGACCCACACACACAUGCACACAAACCAGGUAUUAUCCACUUCUACACAUGAACGUUCCCUUGCAGGUGUAAUGUUAAGGAGGUGUUGAGGAGGGCCACCAGUAACCCCUCUGAGUUGACCCCCCCCCUUCACCUCCACCCUCGGAAGGAGCUUAUUGUACACACUGAUGUUACUGUUAGUGUUCCUUGGCUCUGGUAGGCUGUCAGUGGCCUGUGAGGUGGUUGUGUUUGGUGUUAAGUUAAGGUAAGCAAGUAAGUCUUUCUCUCCCAGUUGUUUUCUCUCCCUCUCUCUACUUUUUUUUCUCCCCCUGUAUCUUUCUCACAUAUUUUUUCCCUCAUUCUUGCUGUCUCUCUCUCUCCCUCUCACUUUUACUUUCUCUCUCCUUCUCUCUCACUUGUUUUCUUCCUCCUCUCUCUCUACUUUUUUCUCCCCCUGUAUCUCUCUCAUACUUUUUUCUCUCCCUGUUUCUCUCACAUAUAUUUUUUUCCCUCAUUCUUGCUCUCUCUCUCUCUCCCUCUCACUUUUAUUUUCUCUCUCCUUCUCUCUCUCACUUGUUUUCUUCCUCCUCUCUCUACUUUUUUCUCCCCCUGUAUCUCUCUCAUACUUUUUUCUCUCCCUGUUUCUCUCACAUAUAUUUUUUUCCCUCAUUCUUGCUCUCUCUCUCUCUCUCUCCCUCUCACUUUUAUUUUCUCUCUCCUCUCUCACUUGUUUUCUUCCUCCUCUCUACUUUUUUCUCCCUCUGUUUCUCUCAUUUAUUUUUUCCCUUUCGUUCUCUCUCUCCCUCUCACUGUUUUCUUCCUCCAUCCCUCUCUCUCUCAGACUUGUUUUUUCCCCUCUCUCUGUUUCCAUCUCUCCCUCUUGCCCUCACACUUGUAUUCUCCUCUCUUUCCUUCUCUUUUCCCUCCUUUUUUGCUUUUACUCUUGUUUUAAACCUUUCUUUUUAUCUCUCCUUGUCUUAUACAUUUUAUCCUCAUUCUUUCUUUCACCUUUGUCUUUUCCCCCUUUGCUCUUUUCCUCUUUAGUCUCUCUCCCUCCCCUCUCUCUUUCUCUCUCUCUCUCACACUUGUUUCCUCUCUCUCAAGUCUUCAUAUGUACUAACCAACUAUCUUUUUUUCCAAGUAAGCUGUUUCUCUUUUUCUCUCUCUUUCUCACUCUCUCUCACUCCAGGUCUUCACGGAGACUAAUCAACCGUGUUUUAUCUCUCUCUCUUGUCGUUGAGAGAGUACUAAGCAAUCUGUGCAUAGAAAAAGGUCAUAGUAUUUAUUUUUGUGGCAUUCCACUUGUGUACAUAACCAGGGCUCAUGUUGCUUCUUUGUGCAGAAUGUGUAUAUAGGGAGGCCAUUAAAGUACAGUUCGGGA